AUGGACGUGGAUCAAUCCCUCGACGCGCUCAUCAAAGCCGCCCCAAAAGCGACGAAGAAACCCACCACCGCUUCGAAUAAAGCGAAGAAAAAAGUCACCACGUUAAAGAAAAAAGUCCAACCGAAAAAGAAAGUCUCCUCGGUGAAAGUCUCCGUAAAAAGCGGGACGAAGAUGAUUCGCAAAAACACCGGCGGGAGAGGGAAACCGAUCGGAGGGCGAGCGGUCGGCAUGGCGAUCGAUCAAGUCGUGAGGAAUACCGGUGGAGCACGAUCGAGAAUAAAUAAUAUUGUUUCUCCGAACGCGAAAACGAACGAAGCGCCGACGAAGUUGAUCGUCUCGAACUUGGACUUUAACGUCACGGAGAAGGAUAUCAAGAGCGUUUGGAAAAACUUGCUCUUCUUCGCAUUCUCUUCUCUCUCAGUUUGUGUAUACACUCGUGCUCGUUUGAAUGUCAUCGCACAUGCAACGAAAGUAAAUCGUGGGAUUAAAAAGAAACGCGGGUCGUGUGGCAAAGUAAACUCUCUCUCUGUCUUCUUGGGUUGUGUAUUAGUAGUACGCGCUCUCGGUGACUGCUCUCUCUUUUUGAGAAAAAAUCCUGCGAAAGCGCCGCCGACCAAAAAAAUAGAGAUUUGCAGGAAUACAUUCUUCCGAAGAGUAACGCAAACUCACACACAAACAUAUACACAAACAAUGACAUGCAAACAAUCUUUCUCAGACCGUGUUAUUGCUGUGAAGUAA